UUCUUUUGACAGAUAAAACUCAAGGUUGCCAAAAACCAUGUUGGAAGAUGAAGUAGAACCCCACGAAACGAAUAAAAUAGAAUUAAGGGAAGUUAUAGUUGCCGAUAGGACCGAUAGCGAUUCAUCAAGAGACGAAAGUUCUUCUUCAGAUGAAGAUCAGAAAUAUGAAAGACCAAAAAUCGAUCUUCCACCAGAAUACUGGCACAUACAGAAGCUGGUAAAAUACAUCAAAACUGGAAAUCAGUCUGCAACAGUUGUAGCCUUGUGUUGCUUGAAAGAUCAUGAUCUAUUAGAUGAAAUGAAUCAGCUGGCAAUUCAAGAUGUAGGAGGAGUAGAAACACUAGUAAAUCUACUAGAAGGAAACGACUUGAAAUGUAAACUAGGUACCUUAAGCGUUCUAACUCAACUAUCCCAGACUGAAGAUAUCAAAAAAGUGAUCACCAAUCUUGGUGGUGUAGACUUACUGGUGAAAAAUUUAUCCGAACCUGCCAGAGACCUUCAAAUUUUGACAGCAGAGACCAUACAUAAUGUAGCACAGAUCAAAAAAGCCAGAAAGCAUGUCAGAAGAUACGGAGGUAUACCAAAACUCGUUGAUUUUUUGGACAUCAGCGAAACGUAUCUGCAAACUCCAGCUGAUCAACUGACACCUGACGAAGUGGAGAUAGUCAACAUAGCAAAAGCCGGAGCCAGAGCCCUAUGGUCUCUAUCUAAGAGCAGGAAGAAUAUCAAAAUUAUGAUGAAGAGUGGGUGUGUGCCCUUAUUGGCUAGACUACUAAGGUCUGUUCACAUAGAUGUAGUUAUUCCCACAACAGGCACCAUAUCAAUGUGCGCUGGAGAUCCCUCAUAUCAAUUGGCCAUCCAAACUGAAGGCAUGAUUAAGGACAUAGUUAAAAACUUAACUGCGGAGGACUACCCGGUGCUAAGACAAUACUGCGCGGAAUCUAUAUUUCGUUGUGCCCAAGAUCCAAUCAUCAGAGAUCAGGUUAGGCAGUUUGGAGGUUUAGAUCCAUUGGUGAAGAUGCUAACGAACCCAGAAACGAAGGAAGAUGCCCAAUUGAAAGCUGCUGUUACUGGGGCGAUAUGGAAAUCUGCUGUUAGCACUGCCAAUGUGGAGAGACUGGAUCAGCUUGGAUGUGUAAAUGUUUUGGUCAACAUCCUGGAAAACAUAGACGAAGAUGAAAGAGUGUUAAGCAAUUCGGUUGGUGCUUUGUGUGAGUGCCUCAAAUUUGAGCACAACCGAGAAACUUUGCGAAGAGCCAACGGUAUUCCACACUUGGUGAACUUGUUGAAUUACACGUAUCCGCCUCUGUUAGAGAAUGUGCCCAUGGUGCUAAGAGAGUGCGCUCAAGAUGAAGCCUGCAUGAGGAUUAUUGAAGAUUUAGACGGGGUCAGAUUGAUCUGGUCUUUGUUGAAAAACGAUUCUCCUGCGGUGCAAGCCAAUGCAGCGUGGUCUUUGGUGCCUUGCAUCCAAAACGCGACCGAUUCGGGCGAGAUGGUUCGUUGCUUUGUCGGGGGUUUGGAGCUGAUAGUGAACCUGCUCAAGUCGAAAGACAAUCGUGUUUUGGCGUCGGUUUGCGCAGCCAUAGCGGAAAUAGCGAAAGAUAUUGAAAAUCUGGCCGUUAUAACUGAUCACGAGGUGGUUCCGUUGCUCGUGAACCUCGUCAACACGGAUUGCGUGGAGCUAAGGGAGCAUUUGGGUUCCGCAAUUGCUUACUGUUGCGCUUGGGGGUCCAACUGCAAACUGUUUGGAAGAUUGGGCGCCAUAACACCUCUAGUCCAAUUCAUGAGCGAUCAAGAUCCCAGUGUGCACAGGACUACAGCCCUGGCACUCUACCACUUAUCCAAAAACUCUUUCAACUGCAUCACAAUGCAUGAGAGCGGUGUUGUGCCCUUCCUUUUAAAGGCAGUUUCAUCGACUGAUUAUGCUUUGCAGGAAGCUGCUGCAAACUGUCUUGCCAACAUAAGAAAGCUAGCUUUGAAAGCUGAAACGACUCACUUGAUCAGAGACAAUGAUGAUGAUGAUUUUGGGGAUGAAGAUGACUAUAUGUGAUUUUUC